CUGGCUGAAAUCAGACCCAGAGUAGUGUUAGGCUCUGGGCGGUAUAAUAUUGAAGAUCCUUUUUUUUUUUUUUUUGUAACUUGAAAUGAAACGUGCCACUUUCACUUCUCAUUUGAGGAAAAAAAAAAUUAUGACGAAUCUGACUUUGCUGUCGCGUGAUUGUUUCUCUUUAUGCCUUUCACGCGACACUCCGUCACGAGCCUAAAAUCAGGUCAGUUUGAGUCGGAGGGUUUUCCACCUGCAUGCUGUUUGUGAGGUUUAUCAGCACACGAAUGUCUACCAGUCCCCAUCGCCAUGUUGUCUGGGAGUCGGAGCGCCUGGUGGCCUACCUUCACCCUCGACCGUGGACGCCUGGCUCGGUAAUAUUGGAGCGCCGCGUGCCUGGAACAAAGGCGGGCAGCAUCUUUCACCUGGAGGAGGCUGAGUAUUUGUCCUGGAUGCUGGGGAGCAGGGCGGUGGCCCAGCUGCUGUGCGACAAACUCCGGGUGCAUCGCUGUGCCCUGGUCACCAGACCCCAUGUUAACAGACCUGCUCAGAUACGUGUCAUCCCGUUGCACGGCCUGGCUGCACAGUGGCAUCCUCACCAGGCAGGCGAGGAGGAGCACCACUCCUACGAUCCGGGCUACUGCACCUCCAAGACGGCGCCUCGCUGGAGCCAGGCUCGUCUGGAUGAGAUACUGGCCAGGAUCCGUGCCAAACUCCCCAACCCGGACGCACCGCCCAACCUGACGUUCCUGGGCGACGACCAGUCCCAUCCUGGUCUUUUCUCUCGCAUCGUCCGGGGCGAGGAGCCGCAGUGGCGAGUGUGGGAAGACGAGGGCCAUGUUUCUUUCCUCACCCCGUUUCCCAACGCGCCCGGCUUCACCGUGCUCGUGCCACGCCGUCCUCUGUCCUCAGACAUAUUCGGGCUGAGGGAGAGCGACUACGAGGGGCUGGUGCUGGCCGCCCGCAAGGUGUCGCAUCUCCUGGAGAAGGGAUUGGGGGCAUGGGGCGUGGGUCUCAUCUUCGAGGGCUUUGAGAUUAAUUAUGCACACGCAAAGUUGAUUCCGCUGCUUCAGCUGCUGUCUGCCGGGGAAGGAAAUCACAGCGUGCAGCCGGCGCCUCCGCAGUGCGUGUCCUCGUAUCCUGGUUACGUCACCUCAGAGGACGGACCCGAAGCGUCCUUGGAAAGUUUGGAGGAGAUGUAUGCCAAGAUGACCUUAUAGUAGAGCUCUACAAUAAUGAGGUUGUCACAACUUUGUUGGUGACUUAUUGAAAAUAAAAAUGGUUGAGAAAAACAAAAA